AUGUUCAGAGAUAGAACCAACCUUUUCCUAUCUUACCGUCGAACGUUUCCUCACAAAGCCAACUUUAGUAGGUUGAACAGGGGUAAGGAUGACCCAUUCAUGGAUCGUCAUGAAGAUGAAGAGGCGUACCCCAUGGUCGAUAUGACACAAGACAGAAGCAGAGAUUAUCUACCGCCAGCCUUUGUUGACUUGACUCAGGAUGUGGAUGAUUAUUUGGUUGAAGUUCAGAGUUUAAUGAAGCAACUGAGCAAAUUGUACCAGAAGAACUCACUGCCUGGAUUCGAAGAUAAGUCGCAUGAUGAGAAAGAAAUCGAGGCUUUGAGUUAUGAAGUGAUUCAAUUAUUCCAGAAAUCUUACAAUGUAAUCAAGAAACUGCAGCAUAUAUUCGAGAGCCAAACCUUGGAAGGUAAAAAGCUUAAACGGGGGGAUUUGAUCAUACUAGACAAUCUACGGAAACGCUAUGCACAAAAAAUCCAGUUGGAGAGUAACAAUUUUCGUGUGCUACAGAAUAACUAUUUGAAGUUCCUUAACAAAGAUGAUUCGAAACCCAUAUUCCCCAAGAGCGAGGAUUCAACGCAACUCUUAAUCGAGGAAGAAGAAGAGCCUUUAAGGAAUAGUCAAGACAUCGAAGCGUACUCUAGACAAACUUUAAGGCGACAAAUGGACCCUGGUCAACAGGCAAACCAAAGGUUUUUACAGGAAAGAGACGAAGAAAUUACGCAACUGGCCAAGGGUGUGCUUGAGGUCAGUACAAUUUUCAGAGAGAUGCAGAAUCUUAUCAUAGACCAGGGAACUAUCGUGGAUAGAAUCGAUUAUAAUUUGGAGAAUACGGUUAUACAUUUGAAAGAAGCCAAUCGGGAACUGACUAAAGCCACUCAUUAUCAAAAGAGAACUCAAAAAUGCAAAGUAAUCUUACUGCUAUCGCUAUGUGUUGUAGCCCUCUUCUUUUUUGUGAUGUUGAAACCACAUAACAGCGGUAGCUCUGCACCAAAAGUGGAAACUGCUCCAAAAGGAUCAAAUGGCGAUUCAACCGCCGAAGGCCCUAUCGAGGUGAGUAACGAUAAUUUACAAAGGCGAUUGAUAGAGAUACUUAUUAAAUAG